AUGCCUAAAGAAAGACCACAGAAAAGGUCGAGGAUUCACCAGCAAGUAGCACAAGCUAUACCAUUCAGGACUGAAAUCGGUCAGCACAUUCUGAAAAACCCCUUGAUUGUUGUUAAUAUGAUUGAAAAGGCUGCCCUACGUCCAACUGAUGUUGUUUUAGAGGUUGGCCCUGGCACAGGAAACAUGACUGUGAAACUUCUGGAGAAAGUCAAAAAGGUGAUCGCAUGUGAGGUUGACCCUAGGAUGGUUGCUGAACUGCACAAAAGAGUCCAAGGAACCCCAGAAGCCUCGAAGUUACAAAUGAUGGUUGGUGAUGUUUUGAAAACAGACCUACCGUUUUUCGAUGUCUGUGUUGCCAAUUUGCCUUACCAGAUUUCGUCUCCUUUUGUAUUCAAGUUACUUCUUCACAGACCUUUUUUCAGGUGUGCAGUCUUGAUGUUCCAGAGAGAGUUUGCACAGAGGCUGGUUGCUCAACCUGGCGAUAAAUUAUACUGUCGACUGUCAGUAAAUACACAGCUUUUGGCUAGGGUGGACCAUCUGAUAAAGGUUGGCAAAAACAAUUUCAAGCCUCCUCCCAAAGUUGAAUCCAGUGUAGUUAGAAUUGAGCCUCGUAACCCUCCACCACCUGUGAAUUUUAAGGAAUGGGAUGGUCUUGUGAGAAUUUGUUUCUCAAGAAAAAAUAAAACCAUUGGAGCUUCUUUCAAAUUUUCCAAAGUAUUGGAAGUGCUGGAAAAGAACUACAGAGUUUCUUGUUCUGUGAAGAAUAUACCUGUGCCACCUGAUUUCAAUUCAAAAGAAAAAGUGAUGGGUCUGCUGCAGGAGGGAGGUUUUGAGGAUAGGCGGUCUCGAAGCAUGUCAAUAGAUGAUUUUAUGGAGCUGCUGACUCUAUUCAAUAAAUCUGGCUUUCACUUUAUUUGA